UGGGGUUUGCUUUUGAGGUAGGGGAGAGGCCUCGAAUUUCUCUCUCUUGGCGGCAGCGACGUUGCCACAUCCCUCCCGCGCUUACGCUUCCGCUGCUCAGCCAUAGCUUAGCUAGCUCGUAACCAUGGUGCUCAAGACUGAGGUGUGCAGGUUCUCCGGCGCCAAGAUCUACCCUGGGCGGGGGAUCAGGUUCAUCCGGAGCGACAGUCAGGUGUUCCUUUUCCUCAACAGUAAGUGCAAGCGGUACUUUCACAACCGGCUGAAGCCCGCUAAGUUGUCAUGGACGGCAUUGUUCAGGAAGCAGCACAAGAAGGACCUUCACGACACCACUGUCAAGAAGAAACGCCGCACCACCAACAAGCCGUACUCUCGGUCCAUCGUGGGAGCCUCGCUCGAGGUGAUCCAGAAGAAGAGGACGGAGAAGACGGAGGUGCGUGCCGCAGCCCGCGAGGCGGCGUUGCGGGAGAUCAAGGAGAGGAUCAAGAAGACAAAGGAUGAGAAAAAGGCGAAGAAGGCCGAGGUGGUGAAGACGACGAAGGGAGUGGGGAAGCAGGUGGCACGGGGUCCUCAGCCCAAGGCUGGCAAGACCGGAGCUGGAGGCAAGCGUUAAGGGCGGCAGUAUGCAGGGCAAGCUAUGAGAACUUCAUGUUUUGUGGGAUUGUUCAAUUUAUGGUUAAUCUAAUUCUCGUAAUGCACACCAAAGUUGGCAACCACAAUGGAUUGUUAGUACUCCCCACUGAAUGUCAUUGGAUUGACUUUGAAUCCUCGAAUGACGAUUCUCGUUUGAUAUGUGCCUCUUCUUUGCGUUUCUUUUUUUUCAGUUUAUUCCGUUUCACUUAUUUUAGUAACCUGGGAAAUUUGUCUUGAUCCCCGAAAGCAAUGUAGACAUUUAGACGGUUGUCCAACAAUUAUUGUUUUCAUUGAAGAACUCUAGAUGUUUUUAGGGUUGAGAACUCUUGGCUACCCUGAAACCUGUUAGUUUAUGAUUCAACGCUCGUUAAUGUCGGAACUAAUAUUCUCAAUUUUACCCUAGUGUGGUAUGUCAAUACUACUGCACAAUGUGUAGUUUAAUUUCUGCCUA